AGGUUACCUACGAUGUGCACAAGCUUUAAGGUCUAUCCAACCAGAGCGUGAGGCCGAUGUUGCGACCGUGUCAUUCGCUCGAAUUGCCGCCAGUCGCUUGCACCAAUGAUGGACAGGUGACAAAGAUUCAGCGCUGUCGGUCCCAAGAUUUGAUUCCUACUACAAAGCCAAUAAAUGCUGUGCGAGCAGCAAUGUUGAAAAGAGCUGCGUCGUAUACGUGUUCGUCGUGUAUACCAGUAGAGUUGUCGUCUGUCGGCGGAACGUAUGGCUGCUGGUGAUGUAGAGUAUGAUGGACAGGACGUCACUAAAGCGUGGCUGGUCACCGGAAGAAGAUGGCCAAAGUCAAUCGAGAGCUAUACUCCGACCAGUCCCGUCGUCGUCGCGCGAGUAUGGGUAGGGCGUUCGGGCUCUGUUUCGCCGUCAAUCGUGAGCCUUAUUGUUGCAGGAGUUCGUCGAAGAUCCGGGAAUUGAAAUCCAGCGAGGUAAUGAGGCCGACAAUACUUCCAGUCCGCAGUGAUGAAGAGGUUCCUUCACGCUCAGCAGACUUGGUUUCGACUUUCAAGGAAAAGCUGGACGACCGAGGACAACGUAAUGACACGAAAUCAGACAACGCCACCAACACCUACAGCAGCAGCAGUAACAAGGGCAGCGGCCGCAGUGAUGCCCAACGCAAACAGUCUGACAACGAAGAACGGGAGGAGACGAAGAUGGAGGAAUGGCAGAUCGCCCAAUGAAGUGCAGAAGAGAGACGUAGACUUGCCGUGGUUAGGGAGCAGGGCGGCAUCAGCAGCAGCGGCGGCAGCCAGCCCAGAACAAACCCACAAACAAGCGCACAACAACGAAAAUACUCGAACGGACAGGCCAUGUCGAGCCAAUGCACGCGAGAGCAAGGACAAUUCUUUUCUUGUCGGCAACUAGGUUUGCGUAGCAGCAGAAGCAGUGAGGUUUAGCUCGGCCGACGCCUUCAUGCAUACAUGCAGUGACAGCGUAG